GGUGUCCGACAUAUUGGUGUGUUUUUGGUAGCUUGUGUCUGAACGCGUUACUCUUCUCAAACAGCUAAAGCAGAACUGAAACCAUGAAAACAACAAAAAUUAUUAUAAAUUUUUUAAAUGUUACUGGAUUUUUAUCCUCUGUGUGCGGUGCCUUGGUUUAUAUGGUGUUUAUUCAGAACGCUAACGCUUCACCUCAGCCUCUGACUCAACCCUGCACUACUCUGACCAGCUGUGACUCCUGUCUGAAAAAUGUCUCCUGUUUGUGGUGUUACACUAAUGACACCUGUACAGUUUAUCCCAUGUCUCACCUGCUUCCUCCUGCAUCAGUGUGUAAACUGUCUCAGGCCCGCUGGUGGGUGUGCUCAGUGAACUUUGAGGCUUUGAUCAUUGCGAUGGCCGUGUUAGUGUGUGUGGUGUUGCUGGCCGUCACUGUGUGCUGCUGCUACUGCUGUCGCUGCUGUGGACGAUUGUCACGAUCAGAUCGUAUAGAGGAUGAGUUUGCUCGGAAGAGGGAAAGAGACAAACAGGUUUCAGAUGAUCGGCGGGCUGAGCGCAGGGCAAGACAUGAUGAGAUCCGCAAGAAAUAUGGUUUGAUGUCAGACUCUGAUCACCCAUACAGCAAGUUUGAGAAUGAGUGAGACGAGAGUGAGACAGAAAUGAGACAGAAAUGCCAUUCAACUGAUGCUCUUUUACUUUUGGUCAGCAUAAUCAAAGAAUUUGAUUAACCAUAUCUUUGCAAACUGCAGUGUAAUGUGUGUGUGUAUGUGUGUGUGUAUGUGUGUGUGUAUGUGUGUGUGUGCAUAGUGUUGUUUAAAAUGAUGUGCCACUGUGUGCUCUUACUAAAGGUUUCCUAAUAAAUUGAAAUUCUGCUUUUA